AUGGCGACGAAGAUUCGAUAUAACGUUCAUACAACGAACAAAUACUCAGUUUUUGAUAGUGAUAAUUCGGAGGAAGAAAGCGGGAAGGCAAAACUAAAAGAAUCGGCGAAAAAUGAAAUAAAUGAUACAUACGGAGGACGGAUUAAUAAUAAUAGCCACGAGAAAAAAAGAGCAAGUGAAAUUAAAGAUAAUAAUUCCUCACCAGUAAUUAAAGAAUAUAAUAGCAAGAAACCACUUAAUCCUUACAAUGACAGAUAUAAUAAAUACCCAAUUACUUCCAUAAAUGAUUUAAAUGAGAGUAGUUACAAUAGAGGCUAUUGUGACAAUUUUCAUGUAAGAGGUAAUAAUAUAAGAAAUAAAUUUUCAAGAAAAAGAGGAGGUUAUAGCAAUGCUUCUGCUAACAUUUUAGGAAAUAAUAAUUUUUAUAGAGGUUCAAGAAAUUACGAUUAUAAAAUGAAUAUGGACAGAAGGAACUACAAUUCAUCAUAUAAUUAUAAUAAAUUUGAUUAUGGAGUAAAAAUGUUCAAUGAUUAUAACGACAGUAGUGGUAGGUACGACAGUAUGAAAAGAGAAAAUUACUUAGAUUUAAAAAAUAAGAAUUACGAAGAAAACACGAACGUUUUGAGAAAACACGAAUCAGUUACUAUUGAUUAUGAUAUGUAUAGAAGACAACAAGAGAAAAAAUUAAAUUCAAAUAAAAGCAUAGAAAGUGUUGAUAAAAAGAAAAAAAAAAAUGAGGUAAAUAAUGAAAAAAGUAAUAAAACAACUGGUACUGUUACAAAACGUAAUGAUAAUUUAGAAGAAGAAAAUAAGUCAGAACAUCCAAAAAGAAAAGCAAUAAAUGUUUAUCAAUAUAUUUUAGAGGAAGGAGGAAGAGUUGAUAGAAUUCCAGGAUUUCGAAGAAGUUUUAGAAGUUUCAAAAAAACAGAUGAUGCUAAUUGGCACAAUAAAUAUGAAAAUAAAACAAAAAUGCAAUUUGAUGAAAAAAUUUUUAAGAAGAGGGAUCCCCCUAAUAUAAAUGAUACAAGAGCUUUUCCAUCUUUAACCAGUAAAUAA